CAUCCAUGUGGUGAGAUUGCCGAAGAGAGGAGUAGACUCGAAGGUUAGGAGUGUGCUUAUGUAACCGAUCGUCAAGUACUGGUUGUCACAGUAAUCAGGAUUUGUAUGUCUCAAGCUCCGAGCUCUGUUCUAAUCUCAUGCCAGUGGGACCAAUGCAAGGUUUUAUUGCCAAGUCGUGACGAGCUCUUGAAUCACAUCCGGGUGGAGCACAUUAUGCCCAUGAUGCCCAUGCGCAAGAAUGAAAUCCUCCUGAUGAAAAAACUUGAUAAGGAGAAAACCCGAGCUGCAACAAUGAUUCCAGGUGACGACAGUCGGGCAGAUGCUUCACCGACACUUGAAUGGCCUGGCUCGGAUGACGAAGGUGGUGGAUCACGUCCCCAAGAACACCCACAGGUAACUGUGCUGAACCACGACAGUUCACCUCCCCGUGACAGAGGCUCGACAUUCUCAACGGGGUGGUCACAGGCACCCCAAGCUGUGAUGGAGUCCCACUCAGAGAAUCUGAACGAUUCUCAAAUGUCGGGUGGAUGCACACAUCAGAAUUCCAUGCCUCAGACACAGGCAACCUACCAUAGUCAAGGUACGGAUUCGAGUCAGUGAAGGAAUUGGAUUGUAUCAUACAUUCAGUCGAGCUGUAUCUUACCACACCCGAUAGGUGUCACUCACUACUGGUAAUAGGAUAGCUUGAUACUCCUUGAUUUUCCGGUGGCUUUUUUCUGGUUUGGCUUUGUGGUGUCCUACAAUGUUAUUUUCAAUGG